GUCGUGCGUGAUUUAAAUAGAGGCGUUACCGGAGUGCUUAUGUUUAUAUGUGUUUCCUCUACAUUUAAAUGUCUAGGAAAUGAGUGUCAUUGAUGGAACUGAAGAUCCUGCAUCACAACUACUCAGUAAGAUUUUGGUUUGCAAACAUUUUUGUAGUCGUAGAGGAUUUGACCCCUGAUUUCCAUCACGCAGAUAUUAUGUCUUUAGAAAACUUCAGUUUGGACGAUUUUGAUACAAUCCAUCAGUCAGACGAUGGAUUAAAUUCUUUUGAGCAUGCACAUAACAAUUCUCUUGCAUCUUCUACAGGAUGUGAUGUGAGUGUUGCUAGCACUACUCAAACAAGACGACAGUCAGCUCGUCUUGAAGCGAAACAAAAGAUGAAAAAGAUGCAUGGUGACUAUGAUGAAGGAGUUUCAGAAGAUGGUCAGGAGAUAAGAUCACCUGGUGGUGGUACCAGGAAGCGACGCAGCGUGAAAGCAAGUGAUUCAACGCGCCAAAAUCGUACAAAAUCACAAUCUAAGCGAUCACAUGGUGGUGGUUCAAGUAAUUAUUCUUCGGACUCAGAUGACGAUGCUCCUGAUCGAAUUUGGUGUAUCUGCCGUCAGCCUUGUGGUGAAAGAUUUAUGAUAUGCUGUGAUCUCUGCGAUGAAUGGUAUCACGGGGAUUGUGUUGGCAUUGCACCUGAGGAAGGAAAACGUAUGGAAAUGAAUGAAAUCGAGUUUAUCUGUGAUACAUGCAAAUUGAUGAGUAAUUAUGCUAAUGAAAGUUAUCAAUUUCAGUUUCAAUCAUUCCUCGACUCAGAUGAUUUCGCUAUCUUCGAUACAACAGAAUCCCCUGGUGGACUAUUGCCUCUCCCUCCUUUAUCUCUUCUUCCUAAUGGAUUAACAACAGCUGAUAUAAUGACUAGUUUAGAAUUACAUUUACGCGAAGGAAGUGGAGAAGAAGAGGAACAACAGCAACAGGAUGCCGAAGAAUGUGACAAAGAAUUAUUAACAAGUUUACCUGAUGCUGAUGAUGUUGACGGUGAUGGUACAGGGAAUACAACAAAGACAAAAGUGACACCACGACAGCAGCCGCUGCCGCCGUCAUCUAGGACGACUACUGCCUCUGCUGUUGCUGUUGCUGCGACUACUACUGCUACGACCACUUUAAAAAGUUCCAUUUCUGAGUCGUUGUCAACUUCUGUGAAUAGUGUAGACGAGGCUGCAUUUACUGUAAAUACAAAUGAAAAUGAAUCGUCUGCUAAUAAAUCUAGCGUAAACAGUUCACCUAUCCCAUUGCCUACUACUUCUACUAGUGUUACAGAUAAUUUAUCCUCUUCUGUACAAGUAACUACGAAAAAUAGUCUUUCAUCAUCAAAUACAAAAAAGAAAAAACCACGAUUGAAUUUAACCCGUGAAACGUUGAAUAAUAACAAUAAUAAUAAUGGUGGACCACCGGUUAAGUCUACAAAUCUCUGCUUAGGACCAAAUUGUAGUCGAACGAUUAAUCCUCAAAUUAGUCUGUAUUGUGGCAAUAAAUGUCUUAAAGCUUAUGGAAUGAAUGUACUUCGGAUUGUAUGUGGAAAACACGAAUUAGACUCGCAUGACAAAUCGAAUCGUGAAAACCGCGUAGUGGAUACGCGUAAACCCCUAGUUGUCUUAGAUCGUAAAAGUGGUACAGUAUUGAAUGGUACAAGGGCACCAACUAGUGAUACAUUGAUUGAAUUUCUCUCGGCUCAUCCAACAUAUCAGGUUGUCUACAAUCGUCAGUUGAAUGAAAAAUCUCAGAAAUCACAGUCACUAAAUCUAUCAAGCAAAGAUUCUGGACAAAACGAAGCCCAUGUGAAUAAGACUACGUCUUCCACCAACGACUCUAGCCGAUCCUCAUCAGAAGGGAAUAAUCAGCAGUCUCUGGCACCAGAAAAUAUUGCACAGUUGAGAAAGAAAUAUCAAAACCUCUUAUUCGGGCUACUGGAAAAAAGAACCCUAUUAUCACGUCAUAUAUUCACAGUGAAUCGAUCUAAACUGAAAGCACUAGCUAUCGAAUUAGAAAAUGUUAUUUCAUCUAGAAAUAAUCUCGCCAGUCCAAGUAAAGAUUCUCUACAGACAGACUUUUCAGUCUAUCAAGCACAACUACGCUUAUUUUUGAACUGUUUAGAGAUUGUCAGUCAAGAGAAAUCAGAAGCCGUCAAUACUGCCUCUGUCGUCUCUACGUCCACUACUGAUCCAUCUAUUAUUGUCACAUUGAAAGAUCAAUUUUUCGACUCUUUAAUCACUGGGGCAUUGAAACCAAGUGAUUUAGCGCAUUGUCAAGAUGUUAAAACUCUUGAGUCGAUAGUCAAGCGAGCUCGUAUCGCUGAGAAAGCCCAUGUUAAAAUAUCAUCUACUCUGUCAAGUUCAGUCAAUAAUAAUGUAAAUAAAAGCUCAUCGAGCUCGCAUCCUUCAUCGACUCAAACUUCUGCGCCAACGUCAGUAGAGAAUAAAACGUCAACUAAUAAUGAGCCAAUAGAUACUACAAGUGAACACGGGAAGCAUUUAUAUGAUAUGCAUUGUAAACGAUGUACUACUCAUGGACAGAAAAAACCGUCAAUGAAACAAUCAUCUUUAUCAUCAUUAUUACAUCCUUCGAAGAAGUCAAUACCAUCCGCAUCUUCUGAUCCUGGUGUAUCCAGCCUGUCAAUGAAAACAGAACCAGUUGACAGUAGUAGUGGUAGUACGCCUUUAGGAGGAAAGGCUUCACCUGUUGAUCCGAGUCCAUCAGGAGCUAUUCAUCUGUCGAAAUCGUCAAUUUCUCCAGCCGUUUCUACUACUACUACUACUACCACUACGCCUAGUCAACAGGAUACUACUAUUCCAAUAUUGACAAAACUCUCCAUGAAAUGUAGUGAUGAACAGCGCGACUCUUCUGCUGCCAAAAAGUCAAAUGCAACACGACACUUGAAUAUAAAAAGAGAUUCAAGUGUAGUACAAAAUUCUACAAAAAUAAAAUCGAACCAUCCACAUCCAAUGCAUUCAUCCGUUGAACAAUACUCUCCAGCACUGUCCUCCUCCUCCGUAUUCACAUCUCAUGAUGAUAAUAAUCCUAUCUCACCGAAAUCUCUCACUGGUGUUCUACCCGCUUAUUCUGCAUCAACAACAACAACAACUACGCCAUCACUUGUUUCAACUGGUCUACUAGACUUGCCCUUACCACCAGCUAUGCUUAACAGUACUAUGAAUACCAGUAAACCUUCACGGAUUCCACAAUCUGACAAGAAUAAUAAUAAUGGCAUGUCUGUAAAACCGUCUUCUACAACCAGUGAUGAUGUGAAUCAUAUGAAUUCCUGCCUAUGGAGUGGUAGGUUAUCCUUGUCUACUCAGUAUUCUGGACGUGAACAUGUAUACAGUUUAGAGAUUAACGCUUAUCCAUUUGGUUGUAUUCAUGCAAAGUCUUCUGUCCAUCUGACGGAUAAAUUAAAAUCAUGGAUGGAAGGACUACUAUCGUCGUCAUCAUCAUCAUCGGAUAAGCCAAAUUCACUUGUCGUUAUUCGUGGUGUAAAUCUGGUCAGUUUACCAGUGUAUUUGGGACAGACAUUGUUAGAUGCUAAUCAGCCAAGAGAAUUAUUCGCCUUCCAUAUUACACCAAAAUCUAAGCAAAUGUCUCCUAUCUAUGCAGAUAUAUUCAAUCAUUUGAAAACAAUUAAUGCUUGUGGUAGUUUAGAGCCAAGAUUCUCAGGUGCUCAUGAUUGUCUCCUCUAUCCACUGUCAGCAGAUACAAAUCUAUUCAACGCCUUGUUACCGUCUAAUUUAUUAGCAAAAUUUAAUAUGAUUAAUUGUAAUGAUGGUGUUGUAUUGUCAGAAAAUCAUUUAUUGAUUAUUUUAACAAUGACAACGACGUUGACGACGACUACUCCACCACCUCCUCGUCCUCCAACUCCUCCUGCUGCUGCUUCUAAAAGUGUAUGUGUAACGCCGAGUAUUAAAAGUGAUAUGUCAAGUCCUCUGCCGCCAUCAUUGACAUCACCAACAGUUGUAUCAAACUAUGUUGAAGAAGAGAAAAUGAGAAUAAUUGAUGAUACUACUACUACUGAUAUUACUACUGAAAAGAUGUCAGUAGUCAGUUCAUUACCAGUAGAGGAUACAUCGUUGAAUAACACUUCAUAUAUCCUACCGAGGUUCAUUCAACCAAUUGUAGAAGAAAAUGGUGUGUCAUCAAUCAAAUAUGAAGAACAAGAAGUACCAACUGCUUCUGCGACUGUUGCCACAAUCUCAAUCAAUUCUUCAGGUGAUAUUGAUUUACGUCCUCUAACAACGAUGGGUACUCCUAUUGGUGUAAAUACAAGCCAACAAUCCUAUCAUCAAUCAAUACGACCAUCGUCGCCAAUACAACCACAACAACCAGAUUGGUAUUAUCCAUCAUUAUCCACUGAAGAUGUUGACUAUCGUGAGUAUAUUCCACAACCUCAUGAACAUCAUCCUCACCAUCCACAGCAGGAGCGGCUUCCUCCUCAUCAUCAAGAUGAUGAUAUGAAUCCUAGACCAUCUAUGUUAUCACCAAUUGAUCCUAAUAUUAAUAAUAAUAUUGUCCCCUUACAACAGUCUGUCAGUAAUCACGACUAUUCUUAUUAUCAUGAGCAGCGGCAGCAUCGUCGUGAUCAGCGAGGUUAUAAUCGAUCAAGGUCUCAUGAAAAGGCAUAUUAUCCAACUGUUGGGCAUAAAAGACUUCAUUCUAAAGAAAGACUCGAUGAUUAUUAUAAUUGUUAUUCAUUGAAGCCAUCUGGCAGUAAACAUCUUCUACCCGAUCCUUCAGGAUAUAAGAUGAUGAAGAAUAAGAAGACGAAGAAGCAAGAUCAGAGUCGAAGACAUUUUUAUUCAUCUCCGGUUUCUACUAAUUAUGGUAAUAAUAAUAAUAAUAAUAAUCGUGAACGUAAACCAUCACUACUACCACCAAUAUCAAUCGAUAUACCACGUUCUAAUCGACGAGAUGCACUUCUUCCAACACCGCCAGCUCAAUCCUCCUCCACCACCUCCUCCUUCUCCUCAUCUGCACGACUGAAAUUAUUUCAUGAUCGUGAUCAUGAUCGCGAUCAUGAUUAUGAUUAUCAUAGAUCAAGGAAACAAUCACCACGCAGGCGAAGUUCUCCUUCAUCAUCACCGCCUAGUUAUACUUCUCAUUCAACGACAGCUCCUGUAGUAGUUGUUCAUCACUACAAUCAUGAUCACCGUCAUCAUCAUCAUCAUCCUCGUCGUAGUCGUGGUGGCGGUGAUGGUGGUGGUGGUCAUAGUCGUCAUUCACAUUAUCAACGUUGAUGACGUACGCUUAACUGUGUUGUUGUAUAAAUUAGAAUUCUUAUUGAUUUUUAAACCAUAUUAUUAUUAUUACUAUUUUUGUACAGUGACUUUUGUCUGUGUGUGUGUAUCACCUUGGUUAAGUAAGAAUCGAUAUUGAAAGGAGAAUGAGAAUGUGUUGACUCAAGAAAGUAGUAUCUCAUCCUAGAUAUAGGGAUGAGAAAAAGAAGAAGAAUGUGUCUUUAUGAAAUCUAGUUUAUCUAAUCUUACAUUUCCUUCACCCCUUUGCUUUUAUUUUCAUGACUUCUAAGUAACUUCUAAGCCGUUGAAGUUGAGUUGGGUUGGGUGGGGAUGUUGUCCUCGAAGACAGACAAACCUACUGUACUGACUCUGUCGACAACAGUCAGAUCGCCCACUGUGUUCACACUUUCAUGAAUAUUCAAAUUGUGUCAUUUUGUUAGAGCGCCUUACUACUACUACUACUACUACUACUACUACUACGAGGAUAAUGGCGACGAGAGAUUUCAUCAGAGAGACAGUUAACUAACUAAGUAACUAACUAUUUCUAGUUAGCUUCUUAUCCUGUCAUAAUUUUUUUUUAUACAUAAUCGAACAUUUGUUUGUUCAGCCUUCCUUAUUAUUAUUAUUAAUUGAGUGAAAUCCACUCUGUAUUCAAAAAAAUGUUCUCUCCUCCCUUUUUUCUCUCUCUUCUUUUGUGUUUCUGUGUGUGUGUGUGUGUGUGCGUUAUUUGUGUGAAGUUUAUCCCUCCCCCCCGCACCCAUAAUAACAUCAACACAUGUCCUUUAAAAGGGAUCGUUUUUUUGUCUUUGUCUUUCACAAUAAGGUGAUGGAGAGAUUUAGAGUUAAGAAUUGAAAUGGGCGGAGUUAGUUAUGACGGGUAAUGAUAAUAAUAAUAAUAAAACGUUGUUAUGUAACAACAGAAGAUAAGGGCCAGGCAACAAAGCGUUUAUUAAGGAAAUCAACCCGUAUUUAUAUAUUAUAUUUCCUGUACAUUAUUGUAGCUUAUCCAAGUAGACAAACACAGUCUUCUGAUUGGGGUUGUUUCUGGUUUCUCGGAAAGUUAAGCAGACAAACACAGUCUUCUGAUUGGUUGUGUUUCGGGUUUCUCAGAAAGUGAGGCCAUCUAUCUGCCAAUCUUAUUUGCCCACGUUUAAGUCUGCGGUGAUUGGUUGUUGAAUCAGUCUUCUUCAUAUUUUCUCACGGCUAAUAUUAGUGACCUAGACAUUGUUGACGUAGAUUAAUUAAUGUCUACCAUUUGGCUAGCAGCCUGCUCUCACCACAGUUAUAGCAGCUACAUAGCAAAAUACUGCAAUAUGGAGAAAAUUAUGCAUAAAGUUGCAUAAAAUUGUAGUAAUAACAACUAAAAUAAAAUAGCAAAGUUAUAAUUAAAGGAUAGAAAGGGUGACACCAUAAAAUUAAUUACAGAAAGAUGAACAAUGAAAGGGUCGAUUCACGUUUUGCUAAUUACAUAGUAACUUCUUGUAUGUUUCACGUCUAACAGUGUUUUCAUCAAAUAAAGUACGGACUAAAUAGGG